AUGGGCACCUUAUCAGGACCUUCAUUUACGCGGUUAUGGGGAAAACGUCCAUUCGCCGUGCUGGUGGUACCUGUAGUGCUUGUGGCUCAAUUUUGCGAAUCUUUUAAUCUGGAUACAGAGAAACGCGUCGUUUUCUCCGGACCACCUGGAAGUUAUUUUGGCUAUUCUGUGGAAUUCUUCAAUGGUAACUCAUCCAGUGUGAGCAUUUUGAUAGGGGCCCCAAAAGCCAACACAACCCAGCCUGGAAUUACUGAAGGAGGAGCCGUCUUCCUGUGCCACCAAUACCAAGCUAACUGCAGUUUUAUCAACUUUGACAAGCAAGGUGAUCAGUAUUUCUUUAUAAAUGAUGUGAACACUCGGGUUGAGUUCAAGUCCAAUCAGUGGUUUGGAGCGACUAUACGUUCCAAAGGCAACAAUAUUCUGGCUUGUGCUCCCAGGUAUUAUUGGAGGACCGAACAUGAUACCCCCUUCUCUGAUAUGACCGGAACUUGUUACCUUUCAGUGGACAGCCUCAAAUCAUUUGUGGAAUAUGCUCCUUGUCGAACAGAAAGACAUGGACCUGCAGGACAGGGCUAUUGUCAAGGAGGAUUUAGUGCUGACUUCACCAAGGAUGGAAGAGUUGUUCUUGGUGGACCAGGCAGCUUUUACUGGCAAGGUCAGCUGAUAUCAGCAAUGCCAGAUGAGAUCGUUAAGGCCUAUUACCCUUCAUAUUUUUUACUGUCGGUUGCUGGACAGAUUCAAACAAGACAGGUGCAGGGAAGCUAUGAUGACAGUUACUUGGGUUAUUCCGUGGCUGGAGGCGAGUUCAGUGGGGAUGAUGAGGAAGAUUUCAUCACAGGAGUUCCAAAAGGACUCAUGCUGUAUGGUUUAGUGUCCAUAUUCAAUGCAAGAGAUCUAAAAUCAAUGCUCAACGUGACAGGAGAGCAAAUGGGGUCCUACUUUGGCUAUGCAGUGGCAGCCACAGACAUCAACAAUGAUGGACUGGAUGACCUGAUAGUGGGAGCGCCAAUGUUCAUGUUCCGAGGGUCAAAUGGGCGCCUUGAGGAGCUUGGGAAAGUGUACAUCUACCUUCAAAAGGGUCCUUUGGAACUUGAGCCCAGCCUACAGCAUCUACUCGGUCAGCAGCCAUUUGGUCGAUUUGGCACAUCACUGGCACCUUUGGGGGAUCUCAACCAAGAUGGAUUUAAUGAUAUGGCCGUCGGCUGUCCUUACGGAGGAGAAGACAAACAGGGACUGGUUCUUAUUUACAACGGUUAUCCCAUGGGAUUGAAGAACACGCCCACUCAAACGCUCUCUGGCCACUGGGCUUCCAGCUCUUUUCCAGCCAACUUUGGUUUUGCUCUACGAGGCAACACAGAUCUAGAUCUAAAUGGCUACCCAGACCUGAUUGUUGGUGCUUUUGGAGUUGACAAAUCUGUUCUUUAUAGGUCUCGACCAAUAGUAACUGCAAGUGCUUCCCUCACUGUACAGCCAACAAUGUUUAACCAGGAAGAGAAGCUCUGUGAGCUUUCCCCAAGGAAUGGAACUACUGCUGUGUCUUGUAUCAGCAUCAGUUUCUGCCUGUUGGCUCAUGGAAAGCACCUACCAGCUCAUCUAGACUUUAUGGUGGAAAUUCAGCUGGACAGUAUGAAGCAGAACCAGAAAGAAUCUGUCAGGAGGACACUGUUUCUAGAUAGUAUGCAGCCCAGUUUGGUGAAGACUUUCAGCCUCGCCAACGGACAUCGCCUAUGCCAUGACACAAGAAUUUAUCUACGAGCAGAAGGGGAGUUUCGAGAUAAACUCUCCCCCAUAUUCAUCAGCCUGGCCUUUAGCCUGGAUCCUCAAGCCCCAGAAGACCAAUAUGGCCUCAGACCCAUCUUGAACUAUCAGACUGAACAACUAAUAGAACAGAAGGCCCAGAUUCAACUGGAUUGUGGAGACGACAACAUCUGUGUCCCUGACCUGAAGUUGGCUGUCUAUGGUGACAGAAAAGAGGUUUACCUGGGGGAUGAAAACUCCUUGAGCCUCACCUUUAAUGCCAGGAACGAAGGAGAAGGAGGUGCCUACGAGGCUGAACUCUACGUACUGCUUCCCAAAGAGGCUGACUACAGUGGGAUAGCGCGCAACAAUGCGACUCUGACUCAGCUAACAUGCAGCUACGAGGCAGAAAAUGAGACCCGCUUCCUUAAAUGUGACUUGGGAAACCCCAUGAAACCUGGCACAAGUUUUUGGGCAGGUCUACGGUUCACUGUUCCCAGACUCACAGACACCCAUAACGCUAUACAGUUUGAGCUUCAGCUAAGAAGUAAAAAUGCAAAUAACUCGGAGAGUGAAGUAGUUCUACACAAGUUGGAGUUAGCUGUAAUGGCUAAUGUUAUUCUGCAGGGUGUUUCUCGGCCAGACAAAGUCUUCCUCCCUCCCCCCAAUUGGAGUGUUAGUCAGACUCUGGUGAAAGAGCAGGACAUCGGCCCUGAGCUUCAACAGGUCUAUGAGUUGGUCAACAACGGCCCUAGUACUGUCAGUCAAACCACGUUAUUGGUGAGAUGUCCUCUCAGGGCUCAUGGCCAUGACCUGCUCUACCCUGUGGAGGUGCUCACUGAGGGACCUCUCAGCUGUUCCUCCAAGCAUGCCCUGAAUGCACUGAAACUCAAGCUUCAGUCUCAACCUUCAAGAAGUUACUCAACUCUGAAGUCAAGUAUGGAACAUCAAAUCCAGAAGAGAGAGACCAAAGGGCCCAUGAUUGGACAAGGAAACUUGUCGUGUUCAACUGUGGAGUGUUGGCAGCUUGAGUGUAACAUUGGGCUGCUGGAGAGAGGUGCCAGCGUUAUCCUGAGUGUCCAUUUCAGACUUUGGGCUGAGACUUUCCUCGAGAGGGCCUACAAACCGUAUGUUUUGGAGUGUUCCGUUCAGUUCAGUGUCAACCAAAUGCCCUAUGCUAUUCCUCCAAAAUCCAAACAAUCUGGAUCUAAAAAUGUAGUAACCUCAGUGCUGUGGAACAAACCAGACAGCCUGUUUUAUGUUCCUGUGUGGAUCAUCAUCCUUGCUGUUCUAGCCGGGCUGCUUCUUCUCUCACUGCUCAUAUAUCUGCUGUACAAGAUGGGCUUCUUCAAAAGGUCAGAUCCAUAUGGUACUACCAUGGAGAAGGCCCAGCUCAGACCACAAGCAUCAUCAGAAGCCUAA